UCCUAUGAAAAUUGCCCUGACAAUCUUGUUAUUGUCGGAUACCCUAACAGUAGCACGCCCCAGCAGUGACAUUUCUACCGAUACGUUUUCUUGAAAAACUAUUAUCGGGACUUGACGGACCAGAUCCAGCACUUUCUGUAUAAGGAAAAAUGUCCUUGUCUGGCUGGGUGUGUGUAGUAACAGGUGCCUCCAGAGGCAUUGGCAGGGGCAUAGCUCUCCAGCUGUCUGAGGCAGGAGCCACUGUCUACAUCACAGGGCGCCAGGAGAAGACUCUGAAACAAACUGCUGCACAGGUUAAGGAGAGGGGUGGCAACUGUGUACCAGUUGUCUGUGAUUCUACAAAAGACAAAGACAUUGAAGACCUUUUUGAACAGCUCAAACGUGAACAGAAUGGCAGGCUGGAUAUCCUCGUUAACAAUGCCUAUGCUGGAGUACAGGAUAUCUUCGAAAAUAUGGAGAAGAAGUUCUGGGAAACUGAUCCGUCCAUUUGGGAUUCCAUCAACAAUGCAGGCCUCAGGGGCCACUAUUUCUUCUCAGUUUAUGCAUCCCGGAUGAUGGUGGCUCAAGGUCGGGGUUUGAUAGUCACCAUUUCAUCUUUGGGGGGGCUGAAGUACAUCCUCAGUGUACCAUAUGGUGUUGGUAAAGCUGCAUGUGACAGGCUGGCAGCAGACAUGGCUGUUGAGCUGAAAAGUAGGGGAGUGGUUUCUGUCAGUCUGUGGCCAGGAGCAGUGCGAACAGAGUUGGUGUCUCAGUUCGUUUUUGAGAAAGAAACACCACUGGGUGCAGAUUCCAAGUUUAUAAGAGAUAUGUUUGCCAAUGCAGAAUCUGCAGAAGUGAGUGGGAUGUGCAUUGUCAACCUGGCAACAGAUAAAAAUCAGAUGUCUCUGACUGGGAAAGUACUCCUGACUUGUGACCUGGCAAGGCGCUAUGGGAUACAAGAUGUUGAUGGACGGAGCGUAGCUGAUUACACUUCCAUAAAAUUCCUCCUGACUCAGGUCCCAUACCUCUCCUGGUUGUCGGCUUUUGUCCCUUCGUUCUUACGUGUGCCACGCUUUGUGCUCACCCUGGCUAAUAGCCGCUUCUAAACAUUUCCCUUUAUCAGUACUGAAGAGACAGUAUGUUGGCAGUAAAGUAACAUAUACAUAUACAUUACAUAUACACAUCCAUGUGAAACACAACAUAUGAUUAAGUGUAUUCUGUUACAGUUUAAAUUGGUGGUAUUCUGAAUACAGUUACUGUCUUCAAAAAUAGAUUAUUUGAAGGGAUUAUUUUAUUUGUUUUUGUUUUACUUGCUCCAACACCGCUGAGUGAAUGCGACGCAGGCAAGCAUCAGUUUGAUUGCAUUGUUUUUUAGAAGAUAAUUCUAACUGGCCAAGAGUGACGCAGCGGUGCUGUUUUGAGUUGUACUUUGUCGAACAAUCCGUAGCUAUUUAUUCCUGUCACUUGCUUUUGAAGCUCCGCAAUGAAUUAGAAACAACUGGUUUGUGAAGUUAAAAAUGAGGAAUUAUCUACACAUCACAUCUUCAUUUCACUAUAAAUACACUAAAAAAUAAGGUGGCAGCUGGCUGGAGGGAUAUUGUCAGGCAGCUGAAAGUUUCUUGUAAAUGACCAUCUCUAAUAACAGGUUACUUGCAUGUUGCGUAUUUUCUGUUUUAAAGUGUAUAAAUAUAGAAAGAUAGCAAGUCCCUUGCCAUCUGUAAGUGGUUACCUUUCCAGUCAAGCACACAGCUGAUAGAUUUGUGGAUUGUUGACAAGACAUAACAAAAGUGCAUAUUUAACAGAUUGAUUGUGGACAGAGAGCACCAAUUGCUUGCUGUUAGGACAUGGUGUAAAAUUCAUAUGAGAUACAGAUUUGGCAUAAAGAUUAAAUAAAGUGUGUGCAAUGCACCUGCCACAUGUCUGGCAGAAGAGAUGCACAGCCAGGGCACUGUCAGGAAUGUGUUUUUUGUCAUAGAAAUAUAAGACCCAGACAAAUGAGCUGAGCAAAAUGAUUUUGAAUUAUUCCAAAAGUAAUCAAAAGUAUUCAGAAUAGGCUAUUUAGUCUCAGUAAUGUAAUGUAAUACAUUACAGAUUACAUUUCAGGGCAAGUAUUUAGUGAUCUGUUGUGGAAUACACUAAAAAGUAACCACACACCCCUUUAUGCAGUAGCAGAAGUGCUGUUGCAUGUAUAUUUACACACACACACACACACACACACAUAUAUAUAUAUAUAUAUAUACAGU